CAACACCCAACACUUCCGAGGGAAAAAAUCAUUUGCAAGUAACCAAAGCAAUCAACAAAGUCAGACAGCAAGAGGCAAAGCAGCUGAGGAUACGACUCUCUCUCAGAGUACACACUCAAUAUCAUGGCAGCGACAGCCUCAUCCAUGGCGACCACCGCCGUCUUCAUGCCGCGUCUCCCCGCUAAACCCACUCGCUGCUCUGCCUUGCCUUACCUCCCUCCUCGCCUCUCGUCCACCACAUCUUCCUUCCCUCUUAAAGCCUUUCCAGAAUCCCGGAGGCUUUCUCUCCAGAUCAGAGCAUCAUCUUCAGAAGAGACAUCCACUUCCGUUGACACUGGUGAGCUGUUAACAGACUUGAAGGAGAAGUGGGAUGCAGUUGAAAACAAGUCAACAGUAAUUCUGUAUGGAGGUGGUGCGAUAGUCACUGUGUGGUUGUCUUCAAUAGUUGUUGGGGCCGUCAAUUCAGUGCCACUUCUUCCAAAGGUCCUGGAGUUGGUAGGGCUAGGAUACACUGGAUGGUUUGUCUACCGUUACCUACUCUUCAAGUCAAGCAGAAAAGAACUAGCUACAGACAUUGAAGCAUUGAAGAAGAAGAUUGCUGGAACUGAAUAGAUCGAAAUGACUGCGCGGCGAAAGUCAAGCAUAAUUAUCUUCGCCAUCGUUUCAUUUUGGUUCUGUAUCUCUACCGUAAGAGGCGUUUGUAUCCUGUAAUCUAGAAUAGGUUUUCUGUGAUUGAUUGUUAGUCUUGUACUUCCAUACUUCCAUCUUUGGAAUAAAUUUGACAAUUUUAUGUCAGUGGGUCUGUUGGCUCGUCCA